AUUUUUUUAAUCUCUAAUUGCAGGAAACAAGCAGCCCUCAAUGGUUCAGUGCAAGUGGCAACAGCAAUUGGAAACACUAAUCCCUUGGAUAUGGAAGGAACAUGCUUAAAUUGGGUUUCUAUAUAAGUGUUUUCUACCUUCCUUCCUUGCAAGACCAAAACCGGAGCAAAAAGAAUGAGCGGAACAAGACUAUGUAGUCUCCUGAGUGAACUGGGUUACGAAGGGCAUGAGGUGUUAGACCCUGACAGCUUUGAAUGGCCUUUUCAGUAUGAGGAGGCCCAACCUCUCCUUGAAUGGAUAUGUUCUAGCCUCCGCCCCACCAAUGUUCUAUCUGCUGCUGAGGUCUCUCAGUAUGAGCAGUUUCUACAAGAGGGUAAGCUAUUGGAGGGGGAGGACUUGGACUCUGCUUAUGAUAGCAUUUCAGCCUUCUCAAGUAGGAGGGAUGAUCAAGAGGCAGUUUUUGGUGCUGAAGAAGGAUUGAAAGAUAUUCGGGAUGCAACUUUGGCAUACAAAACUGAGGCUUUAGAAUUGCAGAAACAGCUGAAGCAUCUACAACGUCAAUAUGAUUUGCUGACCGGCCAAGCUUCAUCUUUGAUCCAAGGAAGAAGAUCACGGGUCACAGCAACAUCCACGGUCAAUGGACAACUCACUGUAAUUGAUGAUGGGCUUUCGGCAAGAAAUUUAGAGAUGAAUGCGGUGCUUGGAAUGAUUUCUUCUACUGCACAGGAGUUGUCUCACUAUCAUUCAGGGGAUGAGGAUGGUGUGUACUUGGCUUAUUCAGAUUUCCGUUCAUUUUUGUUGGAGGAUUCAGCUUGUGCAAAGGAGCUAAACCAGUGGUUUGUGAAGCAGUUUGAAGCUGGUCCUUUCCAAUUAGUGGCCAAGGAUGGCAAAGUGAGAUCUUCAUGGUUGAGUCUUGAUGACUUUCCAGAUUCUGUAGUGCAAGAUUCAGAGGAAUCGUGCCAUCAACACGGAGCUGAGCUGCGAAGGCUUCGUUCUGUAUUUGGAACGAGUGAGAGACAGUGGGUAGAAGCCCAAGUUGAGAAUGCUAAACAGCAAGCUAUUCUUGCAGCAAUUAAAUCUCAAGUAGCAUUGGAUGAAGCUCACAUUCAUCUUGAUCUUCAUUCUCUCAGGAGGAAACAUUCUGAUUUGACAGGAGAGCUGUCAAACGUACAGCAGAAAGUUAAGUUAUUGUCUGAGAGUAUUCCAGAUCUUUGUUGGGAGCUUGCUCAACUCCAGGACACAUAUAUAUUGCAAGGUGAUUAUGAUUUAAAGGUCUUGCGCCAAGAAUCCUAUAGUGGUCGGCAAAAGGUGUUCAUACAUCAUUUAAUUAAUCAGCUUGCUAGGCACCAGUUUCUAAAAAUCGCUUGCCAAUUGGAACAGAAAACCAUGCUUGGUGCAUACUCAUUGCUAAAAGUUAUUGAAUCAGAAUUACAAGCAUAUCUAUCAGCUACCAAUAGCCGGAUUAGUCGUUGCCGGUCACUGAUUCAAGCUGCAUCUGAAGAACAUGAACAAGGAGCAGUUGAUGAUCGGGAUAAUUUUUUGCAUGGUGUAAGAGAUCUUUUAAGUAUUCAUUCAAAUGCUCAAGGUGGGUUACCAACAUAUGUAUCAGCACCUGGUAUUGUUCAGCAGAUAUCUAGUCUUCAGUCAGACUUGAUGAACCUCCAGUCUGAGCUUGAAAGUUCCCUCCCAGAGGAUAGAAAUAAAUGUAUCAAUGAGCUGUGCACUUUUAUUCGAAGUUUGCAGGAGCUACUUUUUUCGUCCUCAACAACAGCACAACCAAUUCUGACACCUUGGCCGCUAAUGAGAGAACUUGUAGAAAUGGAAAAUGUCAAUGCACAACUAUCUGCAGCCAUUGAAGAAGUUACACGAGAGCAUAGCGAGAAGGCUGAGAUAGUAAAACAUCAUCCACAUGAGGUGGGGCGGGAGAGGCAGGUCUUUGUUGACUUUUUCUGCAACCCAGAACAUCUCAGGAAACAAGUUAGGGAGCUGACUUCUAGGGUGAAGGCUUUUCAAGUUUAGAAAUCAUUGAUUGAACCAUUGGAACUGUGCGAAUGCUUUUAUUUAUGAUCACCUGAGGCCAUUGUGGCAAUUAUAGUACCAAUUUCAUGCCAAUUUCUUCUGAUUGUCGAUGUGAGCACUUUAAUCUGAUUAUUUUAAAGUGAACUUCAUUUUAUUG